CCUUUCUCAACUUUCAAAAUCUGUUCUCUGCUUCUGCGGGAGGAGGAAACAGAACAAGGGUGAGUUCAGAGACAGCUGAAAGCUCAUUCGUGAACAGACCAGCAGUGCUAAGAUGCAGGGUUGGGGAUUCUGACGGUGACCUUUACGGAUGCCUUCCACAGUGGAGCAGUUCCUUGUCUGGACAACGUGGUGAUACCCCUGUCCUAGUGUGAGAACUCAGUGAUUCCCACAGAAAUGGUCCUGGCACUCCCGCACCUGGAUGGGGAGGCAGCCCCCACAUUGCAGCCCUCCCAGGAUAACGAGCUACAAAACCAGUACCUGGAAUUGCUACAGAUGAAGAUAGAACUAGAGGAAAGCUCUAAGAAGAAAGAUGAGCUUCUCCGUGAUAUGCAAAGAGCCUUAGCAGAGGAGCAGGCCAAAAGAGAGACAGCAGAGAGGGAAAAGCAGCUUCUUGAGGAAAGGUGUAAAGAGAUGCAGCAAAAGAUAAAGCUUCUAGAAAUAAUGUUCAAUAAAUCCAUAAUCCAACUGAAAGCAGAGAUGAUGACUGAGACGGAAAACCUUCUGAGAAAGCGGGAUGAGAAGAUUCAGAGGCUUGAGGCCCAAAUUGAAGUGCUGACUGAAAAGAAGCAAAACAAUUACUGCACUUCAGAGAUAACGGCAAAUGAUAAGGAAGAAAACAGGUCAGAGCACUCAUGGUGGUCUAAAAUUUGUGACCUGAUACAAGAGUUGACUUUACUACUUGCCAAGUUUUUCUCUAGUGGAUAAUUUCAGACUGGAUUUUCCUUGAAGUCUUGGAUUUCCUGAACCCCCAUACUGAGUAGGGUGGCUCUCCUUUGCACUCUUAUUGCACCUGCAGCAUGAUUUUGAAAAUUUAAAUUACCCAUUUACUCUGUCUUUCUGACGAUGCCUCACCACCAAGGACCAGUUGAUCUUUACCAUUGUAAUCUUAGCUCCCAUUUCCAUGUCCAGCACUUGAUCAAUAACUGGAAAAUGUUGAUUGAAUAAAGUUUCCCACUUUCUAUAUCCUCAUUAGGGCAGAUGCUUCAAAGGAGUCUUGUUAAAACAAAGGGUGCAGUUUUUGAUACAGAGAACAAAGGCAAAAGGAAAUGUGGAUAAAAUUAAAUUUCCUUAUAACUUGCAGCCCACUGACAAACACUUGAGACCUCCAGGAACUCCUAACGGUCUUAAUGCAAUGCUUUGCUAGUGGAAAAACGCAGCCUUAGCUUGACAAUAGUCAGGCCUCCAGGAUCCUGUAAUGUUAGGAGUUAGUUGCAGUUAUGUGGUCAGGACCCAGAUCCCCAACAUGAAAACAGUCAGGACAGCUAAAAUAAAACAGCACUAGCAUCCUGUUUUGUAGCUUAGACAGGGCUAUACUGACAUUCUGUUUUUGCAGCCUUUGCAGAAAUGACUUCUGCAAAACAUCCUAAAAUAAAACAAUGAACCACAAAGCAUAGCCCCCAGAUGUCAACCAAAAAAAGACCAUCAUCACAUACACAUUAACCUAUAGGUGCCCAGAUACAUGACCAAAAUCCUGAUUGGCACGACCAGCACACCUUGAUGGCUUAAAAGGGUUCUGCAGAUGCGCUCAUAAAGCCCCCAAACUUAGAAACUCAGAUCCCCUCCCUCUCCAGGAGCUUUGUACUCUUGCUCAAUAAACUUUGCUUCACUGUCCACCAUUCUUCCUCUGGUUACCUCUUCAUUCUUCAUAGUGGCAUGACCAAGAAUUGUGGUC